AUGAACAAAAAGAUUCCAUGCCAAUAUUGCCGACAGAGACGACGCAAAUGCGAGAGAUUAAGCCAAAAUGAAGCUUGUCAGCGCUGCUUACAGACCAACAGAAAAUGCACAACGCAAUACAUUUACGUGCAGGACGAAUUACUAGCAGAGGACAAGGAAGAGAGAGAGAACUCACUGGAGCUUUACCAACAAGUGAGGCAUUUGGAAAAACAGAUUCAAUCACUCGAGACAAGUCUACAUCAAGAAAAAGCCCUAAUACAAGAACCAAAGUGGGACCUCCAGAUAGUCAACGGAGAGCUGCGACUAGCAACAGAAAUCAAAAGCCUGGAGGAACUGAUGAUGUAUGGAAAAUCAGCGAUUCGAUACCUAUCGCCAUUUGGAGACACAUUUCGAGCGAAAACGAUUGUUCUUCAUCAACACAUGCACACAAGUCUUGUCAAGAAUGCCAUGCAAAUCAUUGCAAGGUCAUUCCAGCAUUCGGAUGAUCCAGAAUCCACAUCUUCACCAAAAGCCAUCUCAAAGCGAUUUUCAACAGGAGUUACAGCUUUUCUAGAACCUCAGUUCUUUAUCGAGCGUUUGAUUGCCAACUUCUUUUCCUGCUUCAACGACAUUGUAUCCAUAUUGCAUGAACCUUCUUUUAUGGAGCAUUUUCAUACGCUGCAAGAUCCAAUGCAAGACCCUCUUGUAUUGGCCAUAUGCACCUGCUCUGCUAUAUCAACAUGCAAGCACAACUUUUUUAAUUCGCAUGAAAAGCGGUAUUUUAGCGAAUACUUUUAUGAUCUGACCAUGGAGAAGCUCGUGGACAUGUUUGACGAUCCUGGAAAGGCAUUGGAAUCGGUCUUGGUAAUACAUUUACUAAUCCCUUUUAUGGUGACCACAUCAAGAGUUGCGGACUCGUUCAAAUGGUCUUCUAUGGCCAUGUUGCUGUGUGAUGGCCUACAGAAAGAAUACCCAGAUUUUGCAAAGGGCGGCCCACACCUACCAAGAAUGACAAGGAUAAAGUACUCUAUCAUCCAUCGAAACAGCGUAUUGCCAUUUAGAGAUUUCAUUACUUGCGAUGAGCGUACCUUGAUCAAACAACAAAAUAUACCCAUCGACAUCUUGCCUGACGAGCCAGAAAAGACAAGGAACAUUUUCAAAGUGUUUAAUCUCAUCUUGAGUCUAUCCACACAUCCUGCUUUUGUUGCCGUGGUAACACAGGCAAGACAAGUGUCAACAAGCGAUAAUUCAGCAGUAAUUGAAAUGAAUCUCGAGGACAUUAUACGAUACGAGGAUACAAUACGUGCAUGGUGGUGUCAUUUGCCACAAGACGUCAAGAUUUGCAACAAUCCAUUUACCCUGACCAAAGACAUGGUUGAAAGAGAGAUCAAUGCAUGCAAAAUCACAAUGGCGUCCUACGUUCAUGUUACAACAAUAAAGAUUCAAGCCUGCCUUAUACAACCAAAAUCAAGAAAAGCUCGCGCACUUGGUGACAUGGACAACAUUGUUAGUGAUAAAGCAAUUCAACUCGUGCUGCAUUCAAUCGACAUGUGCUUUCAUCUGAUGAACCAGUUGGAGAAAAUUGACUCCUUUUGCUACUCAUCUACCAAAAUACUCGUGCGUUGCAUCGAUACCCUGAUGAUUCUACUGCAAGUGGAAGAUGAAAAAAUCACGGCCAUGGCGCAAUCAAGACUAAAUGACCACAUGCAUGCGCUGACUAGACGGGUGUCACCCGAUCAUCGAGUAACGACAUCGGCAUCCCCUUUCUCAAUGCUUACUGUUGCACCACCUGGACCAACGCCAUCAGUUACUGAGCUGUAUAAAAACUAUCCGUUGCCGCGAGAAGCUUUGAUAUUUGAUAUUGUGCGAACUAUUGUGGAGCAAAAUGCAAGAAAUAUAGAGGCGUUAAAUACAUUGUCAUAA